AUGUCGCUCACACGGCUGCUGCAGCGACUCAGCAUCGCACACUCGCCCGUCCAGCCAGCGCGCGCCGCCUGCGCCCACCUCUCGACCGUCGUCCACCGCCCUCAAGCGACUUCUUCCCGCGCCCCGUACACCGCACUCGACGCACGCGCAGGCUCACGAGGGGUACGGGCAGCGCGAACAUACGCGACAGAAGCGUCCAAUCUCGGCAACCUGUCCCCUGCGCCUGGCUCGACCCACUCGCGCAAGCGUGUUGGACGUGGACGUGGUUCAGGGUUGGGAAAGACGUCGGGCAAGGGUCACAAGGGUCAGAAGGCGCGCUCGGGCAAUGGCAAGCCAGCGGCACACUUUGAAGGUGGUCAGACGCCCUUGACGCGGCGGUACCCCAAGCGAGGAUUCACCAACAUCAACAAGGAGAAGCUGGUCCCGCUCAACCUCAACCGGCUGCAACACUGGAUCGACCGUGGCCUGAUCGACCCGUCGAUGCCUAUCACAAUGAAGGAGCUGAAGGAGUCGCGGUGUGUGCACGGCAUUAAGGACGGCGUCAAGCUGCUCGGCGAUGGCGCAGAGUACCUGACAGCCCCCAAUCUGCACAUCACCGUCUCGAAGGCGUCCGAAUCGGCCAUCAAGGCCAUCGAGAAGCUCGGCGGGACUAUCAUCUCGCGGUACUACAACCGGCUCACUCUCCGAGCCCUCGUCCGCCCCGACAUGUUCAUCAAGAAGGGCAAGAAGAUCCCGCGCGACGCCGACCCGAUUGCGCGCCGCGACCUCGUCUACUACUCGAGCGAGGAGAAGCGCGGGUACUUGUGGGUUCGGGCACAGGCGGAUCAGACGAUGGCGGAGAUGGAGGCUGCCGAGGCUGGCGAGGCAAGCGAGGUGAGCGAGGUGAAGCCCGUCGAGGGGGAGCAGGCGAAGCAGCCGGAGGUGUCGGCGUAG